GGAAGUUUGCUGCGCACGGCUGUUCGGCACCCGAAAGAGGUGAAAGUGAGAGAAACCUUUGAGGGGCAGACAAAAGCAAGAACAACGCCGCCCAGGAUAGUAGACACCUGCUCUUACGCCUACAAUAGAUGUCUCCGCCUAACACAGAUCUUCACCCAAAUCCUUAUGUCUCGCCAAUUACAAGUGCAAUCAUGGAUCGAAGCUGAGUUGUCUCAUGAAUUUCGGAGUCCAAACUGUUCAUUGCGUGCCAGCAGGACAAACCUGCGAGUGUUUUUGGCGAUCUGCUUGUCAACCAGCGAAAUUCCCCACUUGCAGGACUACCACCACCGAAUGCGCCUGCAGUUGUAGUGGCACUAAAGCUCCGUGUCCCAAGACGCUGUGCACGGCUGAAUACUCGCACCUGGCCUGCCUCAUCGUCGAUGCCAGCUUGUGUGACUGCCACUGCGUCAACACAGCAGAUCCGUGCCAUAUCUUCAGGGACAUCCAGUGUGACGGCGGACAGAUGGUGAACUGCACCAUCACCGGCAACGUCUGCAACUGCAUGUGCGAUACCGAAGCCUCAAAGUGAUGGCGGCCAUUCCUUGACGUCCAGGAAGAAGCGUUUAAUCCGAACGUUUUGUAGUAAGGAAUAAACAGUUCCAGCAAACGCUGAACACCA